GCGGAAAGGAGCGUUGCCUAGGAGACGGGCGGGCCGGAGGGGCGGGGAGGCGGUGCUGGCUGCCCUGACCGGCGUACUUCAUCUGAAAAGAAGAGAUAACAACUAACAGCAGCAAUAUAGCAAAUUGCUUGCUCCAGUCUGGUUAUGCAGUAACGAUGGAGACUUCUGAUGAAGAAAACUUUGGUGUAGCUAUCUCCUCCCCUUCUGACGCAGAGUUUGAUGCAGUUGUUGGGUAUCUGGAGGAUAUCAUAAUGGAUGAUGAUUUCCAGUUAAUACAGAGGACUUUUAUGGAGAAGCACUACCAGGAGUUUGAUGACUCAGAAGAAAACAAGCUCAUCUAUACUUCUAUUUUUAAUGAAUAUAUUUCUUUAGUAGAAAAAUACAUCGAAGAAAAAUUGCUUGAUCGGAUUCCUGGUUUUAAUAUGACUGCUUUCACAAUGUCAUUGCAACAGCACAAAGAUGAAAUGGCAGGUGAUAUAUUUGAUAUGCUUCUCACAUUUACUGACUUUCUGGCUUUCAAAGAAAUGUUUUUGGAUUACAGAGCUGAAAAGGAAGGUCGAAGUCUGGAUUUAAGCAGUGGGUUAGUGGUGACUUCAUUAAACAAAUCAUCAAUAUCCUCCUCCUAGAACAGUUUAUGCACUACUUUCCUUCUCCAGAUGAGUGCUGCUGUUUUCGUUUGGAAAUUAAAACACUAAAGGUCAUGAGAAUCAAGGUGCUUUUACAUGAUGAAAACUCAUUCAUCCUCCAGAUUAUACCUUCAGAGGCCUGAACCUAAAAACACGUUUGUGAAUUCUCAUUAGUAUUCCGUGACCACAGAAGAAGAAAUUUCCAACUCUACCAGAGUAAUUUUUUUUAAUAAAUACAUAGUAUUUGUACACCAGCCCAUCUGUUGCACAUGCUGAGAAGCCCAGCGCGCUGAGAGGACAAUAAAUAGGCCUGUGCGCGUGUUAUUUGGGUUGGGAUCUUCACCAUCUUCCCAGAACACAGAACUUUUCAGAAUCAAGAUGGCAGCGUAAAAAGAAUAUGUCCCUCCAGCUCUUGGAAGGACGGAUGCGAAUACAUAACCUCUGAGUUCCUCUCUGUCAGUGUUUUGUUGUUUGUUGGUUGUUUUUUUAAAAUACUUUAAUAUGAUCUUAAGUGCUCCAGCUUUCUAAUGGAAGAAUAUGUUUUAAUAUGUAGAUAUUAUCGCAUGAGGCUGUCUCUCCGCUCUGACAAUUGACACGCCAGUGUGUAAAUCCGUCUGCUCUCUGGCUUUUCUAAGUCUCAUCCUAAACGUGCAAAGUUCUCCCGUUCACUUCAGUUCCGGCCCCAGCUGUUCUACAUUUGGGCAAAAUAACGACGAUAAACCUAAAUCUGGCCUGGCUGUGCAAUUUCUUACUUUCUUUUUGGCAGUGGCACGGCUGCAUUAGUUAUAGUAAUAUAAGCUCGGUGGUAGGUUGGGCACAGAGGUGUUUACCACCGUGUCAUUUACUGCUCUAAAUAGCAUGUUGAUUAAAAGGCGUGGGUUUGCCAUUAAACUGUUAGCAACCUUAGGGCAGCAGUGCAUUUUGCCAUAAGCCUGUCGCAAAACCCCAGGUGCAUCUCUCUUGGCGGUUGGAAUUAAGCUGCAUUCGGCGCUGCAGGGACCCUCCGUUCUUACGCUGUUCGGACACGUUCAUCUGCCGCUUAAUGACGUGCUGAGGCAACACGAGAGCACCGCUUUAAAGGCCUAAGAGUAGAUGGAAUGGCAGGAUGGUGAGCAGAACCCUCUGUCCCACAGCAGGUCAGUGCAGCGGGGGAGAUGCCCUUUGACAGUGGUGAAGGUGCCGGUCGGUGGCUGUGUCCUGGUGAGAACCUACCCUAGACAGAGCAAAAUUAUGGCCAGGCCAUGACAAAUUUUUGUUUGUGGGCAAGAAACAUCUUACAAGAACAAACAAGGUGAAACUGUUCCUGUUGAUGCCUGACAGGGAUUUCAGCAGUACCAGGAUUGUGUUCUUCAACUGAAAUACUGGUGAAGACUGCUAGCUGUGCAGGCAAAAAUAAACUAUACUUAACAUUACAAAAUAGGAUAAAAUUAAACAGGCUUGUGGACAGACCAUAAUGGCUUUUUAAAGGCUGGCUAGCAAUGCUGAGUAUUUUGACUCUGUAUACCAAAUUUAUGAGUGCUGCAGUAAUUAAUCUCAUUAAGUUUCUAGUAUGUUGUGCUCAUGGCUCUGCAGUUUUUUGCCUGGAAUUGUGCUAGUAUGUUGAAAUCUCCUUUGUAAGUGCCCACACUCUGAUAACACACACACACUUCCUUUUAAAAACAAAAAAACAACCCUCAACCCCCAAACAAACUAUUCUUUCAGAAUUAUUAUUAUUUUUUUUUAUCUCCUUCAAUAAAUUGAUUCAUGUCAGAUCUGAAUGAUAAAAGCCAGAAGCUGAAGCAAAAUUAAAAAUUGCA